CGGGUAACUGCAGUUUAUAAAAAGUUUCGGAAGCUAACGGGGUUCGGGUUUCGUGGUUUUGUUCCCGCGGAUUUGUUUUGUUGUCAGUAGUCGUGAGCCGCGUCUUCGUUUUCGUUACGUAAUGUUGUGUUAUUGAUGAGAAAGAAAGAGCUGUCUGUAACUCACCUUUAGGUUCGUUUAUUUUUUAAUUUGUUUUUAUAAAAAUAAUGCUUUUAGUAAGCCUGCUUGCGGUGACACUACCCCUUUCUCUACUGUUUUGGACGGUGUCGGUGGUUUCAUCUUGGUAUUCCGAAGAUAUCGCUCCGCCCACCCCGCUCCGUUUCUUCGUCUCUGUUUUUAUUCCACUUCUCAUCGCGACAUGGGGCUACAGAAAAAAAAGCUUGGACGUUUCGGGAGCACUUUCCGGUCUCAUUCUUGGGUUUGUCCUUACGCUGAGCAGUUACUGCUUUCAAGCCGUGCUGCUCGUUUUUUUCGUGUCCUCUUCAAAAGCAACGAAGUUCAGGUCCAGCCAAAAACGAAAAUUUGAAGCCGACCACAAGGAGGGUGGCCAGCGAAACUGGGUGCAGGUGCUGUGCAAUGGAGGCAUAGCCGCAGAGUUUGCCCUGCUCUACAUGCUUGAGUGUGGGAUGGGGGAGAAGCUGGUGGACCCCAGCCGGAACUGGCAGUGCGCCAUGCUGUCCCUGGCAGUGCUGAGCGCCAUGGCCGAAAGCUGCGGCGACACAUGGGCCUCUGAGCUGGGCAGCGUCUGGUCCAGCGGUGACCCUUUCCUCAUCACCACCCUCGAGAGAGUACCCAGGGGCACAAACGGAGGGGUGUCCGUGGCGGGAACGUUCUUCAGCGGCCUGGCGGGCGCCUUGCUCGGGCUGGUCUACUACCUGUCCCUGGUGGUGUGCGUAGGCUCCACCACGCUGCGUACGAGCCCCACCCAGGGCGCUCUUGUCGUCGUGGGGGCAUUGGCGGGCUCUCUGGGCUCUCUCAUCGACUCCUUCCUCGGCGCCACUCUCCAGUAUUCGGGGUUGGACACUUCAAGUGGACGGAUAGUGGAAGAACCAGGGCCGGGAGUGAAGCACGUCUCCGGAAUCAAUCUACUCGACAAUCAUUCCGUUAACCUGAUCUCAAACCUUGUCACAGCCAUGCUUGUACCUUGGAUUUCGGUGCAAGUGCUGUCCUUGUUUCACUGAUUUUUCCAACCUCUACAGUGUGUGUGAAUGUGUGUAUAAUUGUGUUUGGGUUGUUUUUCCACUUUCGAGGUGUUCUUUUGGUACUGUUUUUCAAGCAGUUGUUGCAGCUUGUUUGGGGAAAUCACAGAUUUUACAGCACAUUUUUUGAGCGUUUGCGUUAAAUUCUUCAAUCCAUGGCUAUGUUCACACUCUUGUGUGCAAUGGAAGUGUAUUGAUUUAAAUGUUUGUGUGAAUGGGAAGACAUUUUCAUAUACUGUUGGAGCUUGACCUUUCGAAUGUGGAAGGCCGUUACUGUUGAAACUGAAAUGACAAUCAUUGUACUAUAUACGAAGAGCAUGUUUUCCCGUUUGUCCUUGUGUGUGCAAGUAACUGUAUGGCUAGGUGUUUGUUUGUGUCCUGCCUAUGCUGUGCAGUGCUUCUUGCAUAUGCUGACUUGCCUCUUUUGAGUAGCAUGUAGGUAAGUGUUGUAGGUCAUUUUGCAAUAGACAGUGCAAUACUUUUUGAAGAUGUACAUAUGUAUAUACCCAACAGAUGAAGAUGUUGAAGUGUUUGUAGUUGUAUCCAGUAAAAUGACAAUCAACAUGUUGGCUGCUGCUCAAAUUGCAAGUGAUUAUGGAAAAGUUACAUGGGGUUUUACUAGCUCGCAUAAGUUAGCCGCGAAUGUAGCAUUAGUGAUGUAUGAUUUGUUACGUCAGCAAAUGUGGCUAAGCAUUCCAAGAGGACAGCUGUGAAUGGUCUAUCCAAUAGAGGUGGUAUCUGGAAGAGAUCAUUUUGACGAGUUUCUAGAUCCUGAAAGAGCAUUACCAUCUUGGCUAGUUUCAUUUUUAACUGUGUGAAAGCUUUUUUUGUUUUACGGAGCUAUUCUGGCACCGUCGGAGAUUUUGGGAUAUCAAAUUUUCUUACUUGUUUUCUUGUCCUUUUGAGCAUUAGUACUUUAUGUUUUGAAUUGAACGCAAGAUCGUCUGAGCACUUGCAUGUCUUGCCAUUCCAUCAACAAACCCAGUGAGGCUUGUCUGAGCUAUAUUUAUGAAGUGUGAAUCGAAGCUGACUUUGGGCAUCGAAGCCGUAGAGGAAUAGUACAUACCAAAGUUCGACAAUCAUUGCGGCUAUUUGCAUAUUUCAAUACAAGUAUUUUGAUAUGCCUAUAUACCUGAGUGUUUGCAUAUACAAAUUAAAUGUAUGUUUUAGGCGGUGAUCUUUCUGUGCUCUCUGCAGUGCCGAUAAUGUGGUUCGUUUCAAAGGGAGCAUUAUUAGUAGCACGCUUACUACCAAGUAGCAUCAAGUAUUUCGGUGUUGGAUGUGCAUCAACAGUUGCAAGUUGUUCCUUCAAUUUUUUUUUCUUCUGGCAUGCGGCUGAUGUACAUCGAGUUUUCAGUGUCUAAAUAAAAGCAUUAAUUUAGGUUUA